CUGCCGCUGGGGAAGCUGGGGACGCGCAGCAUGAUGGAGUCCCGCCUCAAGCGGCUUGCCACAACCCUGAUGGAUGCCACCACGGACAAGGACCCCCUGGUGCAGGAGCAGAUCUACAAUGCCCUGUGCUACCUGGGGGAGUCUGAGCCCGAGGAGAUCCUCCACGCCUGCGACGAGUACCUGCGGCAGCACGACAAGCUGGCUUAUCCUCACCGGGUGAUCAUCCUGAAGGCCAUGGAGACGGUGGUGAGGAACAACAUCAGCCUCUUGGACAAGAGCACAGUGAAGGUGGUGAUCUUCCUGGCCUCUAAUGAGAUGACCAAGUCAAAGGAGGUGAUCAGGGACUGGCAGCAGGCUGCCAGCAGUGUGCUGGUGGCAGUGGGCCAGUGCUUCAUCAACAAGGUGAUGGAGGAGGUGCUCACCAAGUUCCAGCCUGGCAUCCUGCCUCACUACUUCGUCCUGCAGACCUUCGCCAACCUCUCGGUGUCCAACGUGUUUGGAAUGGUGCCUUUCCUCAACUCCAUCCUUGGGACCAUGCUGCCCAUGCUGGGGAUGGCCAAGCAGGACCACAUGAAGGCUGUCUUCUGCUAUGCUCUGCAGCACUUCAGUGAGAGCAUCCAGGAGUACCUGGCCAACCUGGACCAGGCCCCGGACCCCACGGUGCGGAAGGACACCUUCUCCAACGAGCUCUUCAGCGCCUACGAGGUGCUCUUCAGCAGCUGGCUGCAGCACCGGGAGCCCAAGCUGCGCCUGGCUGUGGUGGAGGCUCUGGGCCCCAUGAGUCACCUGCUGCCUGCUGAGAAGCUGGAGGAGCAGCUGCCCAGGCUGAUCCCAGGCAUCCUCUCGCUCUACAAGAAGCACACAGAGGCCUUCUACAUAUCCAAGAGCCUCUGCCAGAUCCUGGAAGCCUCGGUGGACAUCGGCAGCCGCAGCCUCGACGCCCAGCUGGACGCUCUCCUGGCCACCCUGCACCCCCAGAUCUGUGUCCCUGCAGACCCAGCUGUGCCCUUGACUGUGAAGAACCACACCGAGGUCCUUCGCUGCUUCACCGUCUUGGCCUGCUCCUUCCCUGACCGUGUCCUGGCCUUCCUCCUGCCCAAGCUGGAGAGCAGCAGCGAGAGGACUCGUGUGGGGACCCUGCUCAUCAUGAGGCAGAUCAUCAACAGUGCCUCCUCUCAGAUGGAGAUCAAGAAGCCCUUUAUUAUGUCAUCCAUGAGGCUGCCUCUGCAGGACAGCAGCAACAAGGUGAAGCGUGCCGUGGUGCAGGUGAUCAGCGCCAUGGCUCACCACGGCUACCUGGAGCAGCCCGGCGGGGAGGCCAUGAUGGAGUUCCUGGUGCGGCAGUGCGCCCUGCCCUCGCAGCCGCCCAAAAAGCAGCCCCUGGACUUGGAUGACCUCACCAGUGACAGUGUCCAGAGCAUCAGUGUCAACACACUCUUCCUCCUCAGCACCACCGUGGACAGGAUGAACAACGUCCUGUGGCCAUACCUCCUGGAGUUCCUGACCCCCAUCCAGUUCACCAAUGCCCUCACCCCGCUCUGCAAGAGCCUCAUGUGUUUGGCCAUGAAGAAGCAAGAGGAAGGAGACAACAGCUCCCUCAUCCGCUACGACCUCAACGCCAAUCUUCCUUCACCCUAUGCCCUGACAACGAGGCUGCUGGUGGUUUCCUCCCAGCCCUACGCCGGGGACAGCCGGGGGGCGGCCGCGCUGCGCCUGCUGGGUGUGCUGCACGCCAGCGUCCACCCCGCGCUGCAGCCGCUCUGGGCCAAGAAGGUUCCUCUCUUGGUGGAGCACAUAGAAGAGAACACUGAGAAGUCCCUGUCCCAGAAGGAGUGGGAAGAGAAGCUGCUGCUGUUCCUGCAGGAGACGCUGGUGGCCGUGGCAGACGGCGCCUGGAGCUGCCACUUUGUGACGGAGAUGUGCCGGCAGCUGGCCAGCUACAACGGCUUCCCCCUGGAGAAGAACUUCCUCUAUAAAUGCAUUGGGACCACGCUUGGGGCCUGCACCAGCAAGGACCUGGUGCAGAAGCAGCUCCAGGAGCUCCUGGAGACAGCCAGAUACCACGAGGAGGCAGAAAGGGAGGGCCUUGCUUCCUGCUUUGGGAUCUGUGCAAUAAAUCACCUGGAGGAGACCUUGGCCAAGCUGGAGGAGUUUGUUCGCUCUGAUGUCUUCAAGAAGUCCGUGGGGCUCUUCAGCAUCUUCAAGGACCGCAGUGACAGCGAGGUGGAGAAGAUCAAGAGCAGCCUGAUCCUGUGCUACGGCUACGUGGCUGCCUACGCGCCCAAGGAGCUGCUGCUGCCCCGGAUCGAAGCCGACAUCCUGAAGAACAUCUUCCAGUACUUCAACACCAAGGUUCUGGGCAUAAAGGUAGAGACCAAGGACCUGACCCUGAAGCUGUGCCUGAUCAGGAGCAUCUGCAUGAUCAGCCAAGCCAUCUGCAGCGGCCUCAAGGGUGGGGACUUCGUCUUCUCCCGCAAAGCUGAGCUGGUGGCACAGAUGGUGGAGCUGAUCAAAGCGGAGCCGCCGGAGGCGCUGCGGACGCCGGUGCGGCAGCGAGCCAUGGUCGCCUGCACCUACCUGGUCGUCCUGGAGCCCCACCUCAGUGACCCUCACAGGACAGAGCUGCUGGACACCUGCCUGGCUGCUGUGCUGGCCCUGCCUCCACUGGACAGGGAGGAGAAUGGAGAAGAUGCUCUCAACAAGGAGGUGCUGUAUGGUGACACCAUCGAUGCCCUCAAGGACCUGCUGAAGAGUCUGCUGCAGAGGAGCCUGACCCCACAUGGGCUGCAGGACAUGUUUGCACAUCUGGGCCCCUGGAUCAAGUCAAGCAAGGAGCACGAGCGGCAGCGGGCGGUGGAGGUCAGCGCUGCCCUCUUGGACUUCUACCUGAGCAAGCUCAAUGUCAGUACAGUCAUCCCCUUCUACAACCUGGGUGUCCUCAUCGCCCUCUUCUCGCCGCGCUGCUCCGACUCCCUGGCCAGCGUCCGGCAGCACGCCGUGGACUGCGUCCACUCCCUGCUCUACAUCCAGCUCUGCUAUGAAGGUUUCGCCCGGGAUCACCGAGAUGAGAUGGUGGAGGGGCUGAAGGCUCUGAAGAAGGGUCUGGAGGAACCUGACUUCACUGUUCUCUUCCAUACCUGCACCAGCAUUGCCAUGGUGGUUGGGAAGCGCGUCCCACCGGACCAGCUGAUGAGCCUCCUGCUGGCCUUGUUCGAGGGGCUGGCGGACCCUGACAAGAACUGCUCCCGAGCAGCCACCGUCAUCAUCAACUGCCUGCUCAAGGAGCGUGGGGCAGCCCUGCAGGAGAAGGUGCCUGACAUCAUGAGCAUCAUCCACAGCAAGCUGGAGGAGGUGGACGAGGAGCACAUCCGGAAGGCUGCCCAGCAGACUGUCUACAUCCUGGCUGCCCAGCACAAGAGCCUGGUGGUCUCCAGCCUGCUGGGCACCUCCCUGCCCUUUGACAGCCACACCUGCACCAUGUGGAGGUCCCUGGCCACGGAGCCCACCCUGACCAGGCAGAUCCUGGAGCAGCUGCUGGAGAGGAUGAGCCGGGACGUGCCCUACAAGGAGAGCAAGAGCUUCCUGCUGGGCAGCGGCACCGAGCGCGUCGCCACCCUGCUGCCCCUGGCUGUCAUAUCUGCUCUGUAUGAGAUCAUGUCUGCUCCAGAGGCUGGCCCAGCAGUCCUGGACCUCUACCCAGCCCUCUUUGUGACCCUGCUGCUGCGUGUCAGCAGCACCCUGGGUGUGCAGCUCCCCAAGAACCUGCAGAGCAAGGAGAGGAGGGGCAGCAGUCAGGGCCCUGCUCUCAGGAGCCUUCAUCCCUGCAGCUGCGCCGUGGAGACGCUGCAGGUGAUGCUGGCCCGGGGCGGCAGCGAGGAGGUGGCCAGGGCCGUGGGCAGCGCCGGCGGCUGGGACCUGCUGGCGGCUCCGGAGAGGCACCACGACGGCGUCGCCCUGCUCGCCGGGGCCAUGGCACGGCUGGCAGGCCCGCGGCUGCCCCUGGUGGUGAAGAACCUCCUGCCCAGCCUGAGCAGCAUCUUGGAGAGCCAGAGGGUCACCACCACUGCCUUCUUCGCCGAGCUCCUCAACAGCAACGUGGUGAAUGACCUGAUGCUGCUGGAGACCAUGAUGGACAGCAUGACAGGGAGGCAGAAGGACAGCUGCACCCUGGUCAGGAUGCUGGCGCUGCGAGGGCUCGGCAACAUCGCCUCGGGGGCGCCGGAGAAGGUCAGAAAACAUGGAGCCAAGCUCUUGGCCUCCAUGGUCAAUGGUAUGGAUGACAAAGAUGACCCCCACAACCUGGUUGCCCUUGAGGCCAUGUCCAGUCUCUCCAAGCUCCUGGAUCACCUGGAGCAGAGGGACAUCCAGUCCAUGCUGCUCCACGUCGCCAUCAGGAUCCGGCCCUUCUUCGACAGCGAGCAGCCUGACCUGCGCCGCUCCUCCAUCCUCCUCUUCGGCAACCUGAGCAAGCUGAGCGAGGGCCAGGGCGAGGUCUUCCUGGAGCAGAUCCUCAACGGGCUGGUGACCCUGCUGCUGCACCUGCAGGACCCCCGGCCCGACGUGGUGAGGGCCUGCAAGUUCGCGCUGCGCAUGUGCGGCCCCAGCAUGGGCUGCGAGGGCCUGCGGGAGAUGUUCCGCAACCACCUGCGGGAGGACCGCGGCCUGCACUACGGGGAGUUCAUCAACCACGUCUGCAAGCACCUGAUGCAGAGUUACCCUGAGAUGCUGAACCGCCUGAUCUCCACCAACCUCUUCUACUUCAAGAGCAGCUGGGUGGACAUCCGGGCAGCAGCUCCCAUGUUCAUCGGCUUCCUUGUGCUGCAUGUGGAUGAAGACCACUGUCAGCAGGUGGACCUGGACCCACUCAUCUCAGCCCUGAACCUGCUGCUGAAGGAUCCUGUCCCUGCCGUGCGUGUGAAGGUGGCAGAGACCCUGGGGCGCCUCGUCAGGGUCCUCUGAGCCUGGGGG